AUGCCGACAAGAAUUGUCGAAAAAGAUCAAGAAAACGAUGGCCCUUUCGAGAAUCGACGAGUCAACUCUUCGGAAAUAGCACCAGAUGCGGAGGGUCCAUUUGGGGUGCGCCUUAGCGACGAUAUGCUCAACGUGUUCUGCGAUCGCGUGCAACUCGCCGCUCCGGACCGUAUUAACGGCUUUUUUGCGAUUCAAUCGAUUUUGUGCGACCCAGCCUCGCUUCGAUCGCAAAUUCAGCCGCGUCAAGAAGUCAUCCAAAUUGUCUUCGACCAGGAACGGGAGCACUACAUUACGGCUCAUCUCUUUUACGUGAAUAAGGUGCCCACUCUACGAGUUUACGAUCCAUUACUGCAUGCGAAAAAUGUUAGAAAUCGGGAUUUGAAAGACAUGAUGAGCCCAUCGAUCAUUCGACAAAUUUUGGACCUCUUCGGACAUCUCCUUUUCGGUGUUGCUCAGCCAGGCGUGGUCCCUGUUGAAUAUGUGCACGACAUUGACCCUCAGACAGAUGGAUGGAGUUGUGGAUAUCGAGCAAUCGGGGUUGUGAUGGAUUUGUUGAGGGACAGGCGUCCCAUCGACUCAAAUUACGAUGCUCGCUCGCUCUAUGACUUGUACAUUUGGGCGAAUCGCGAUGGAUCGCACUCGUGGCACGAAUUUAUGAAGUUCCCGUAUCGUAGCUAUCGCCUCCGGAAUUAUGUUAGAAAUGGCAUUGUUGUGUUCACCGAGGAAUUCUACAAGGAGAAAGUCGACAAAACGAUCAGCGAUGAGAGAAUGAUCGACAGGACCAGGAAGCCGAAUCAAAUCAAGAAGGAGGCAGAAAAUCAACGACCGGAGACGCCUGUCAUGCCUACAGUUGCCGCCAAAAACACGUCACCUCAGCCACCAAAGAAGACCGAAUCGAAGUCGAAAGAGACCCCAAAAAAGGCUGAAAAGAAUCAGACCAAGAAGCCGGUUCAAAUGGUAGUGGAUCAAGAGUUGAGCAAUAUGGCAAACUGCUUCGCCAGGCUUGCCGUCACUCCCACCCAGGCAUUGAGUGCAAUGAGGAUAGUUGUGCCAGCAAAACCAAAGGAAAGGAAAGGAGCAACCGUCAAAUUCGAUCCCGUCGAUGAUGUGAAGAGACGGUGCGUGGAGAAAAUGGCGCUUAUGACGGAAAUGAAGCAUGAAGGCCCAAACCGCACGCACUCGUCGAUCGCAGUCUCCGUACGUCCACAGCGAACACGACGCCCAGUGCUGCUUGGCAAAAUCACGAAGAAAAAUUGCUUG